ACAGCACAGAGCCCAACAUGGGGGUCAAACUCAUGAACUGUGAGAUCGUGACCUGAGCUGGUCAGAUGUUUAACAGAUUGAGCCACCCAGUUGCCCCUAUUUGAAGUCUUUAGGGCACUCAUGAAUAUAGCCAGCACUUCCCCAAGACUCAUGAUGGAAAAUCCACUUUUUCCAUUUAAGUAACUAACCAUUCCCUAUAAAACUGACCAAUGUAUGAUACAUAAAUGUAUAGUAUCAUAGCAGGGGAGCCCUGGGAGAGAGGAAAGGUACAUUUAUGUCCAUGGACCACUCAACAGGAUGCAUGAAUCUUAGAGGACCCCUGGAAAAGUGAAAGGAAGCUAGCUUCUCCUUGUUUUUCUCUGCAUAAAGCCUUCCAAAUCUGACUCCUCAAAUCCCUGAUUGAAUUCCCAGCAAUCUACUUUUCCUGACUGUAACCAGAAAAGCAUGUUUAAAUGAAGAUGAAAUUCCAUCAGUAUAAAGCCUUGUGAAGCCCAGUCCACCAGCCCCAUCGCCAAAGCCGCUAAUAAUGCCCUAUUGUGUUACUGUGGUAGUCUAGGUUAUCAUUAUGAAGUCUUGCUCCUGGUUGGGAAAACACGACGUUCCAUUAAAUGUAUAAUCUGGGUUCUCUCCAGGCCAGAGAUGCAUCCCGCUUAAAGGUGGAAUGGGCUGAGUUUUAAUGUCAUGGAAAAAAAGAGGACCAUUCACCAGGGAAAAGGGAGUUGAGGGGUGGGGAGAAGAAAGGUGAAUUCGGUGCCCUGGGAUUCCUUAGUUUCAGCCUGUAGACAGUGUGUAGCCAGCCAAAGUAUCUUAGAUGCCCAAGGAAAAAGUGAGUCAGCAUUCUUUUCCCUUCCGCCCUGCUGUGUUGGGUGCUGGACAGCACUGUUCUUUCUAGGACAGAGGACCAUGUCUUAGAGACCACCAGGGGCCUCUUGCAAUCACUGCCUUUGGGCUCAUCCCCCACCUAUGUUCAACAAUCGUAUAAAUCGGCCUGGGUCAAGAGCACAAGCUGAAGUGUGCACACCAUCAAGUGCCAGCAAUUUUUUCAUUCAGCACAAAAAUACCCUCUCUUUUCAAGCCACUGGACAACUAAAAGAAGUCAGAGGAGUCCACCUCAAUAUAAAGGGCCAAACAUCCUUGAAUUCAAACAUGGGGUUGCUGCUUUCUUUACUGCAAAAUCAUCUCUGCAGAGCAGAUCUACAGAGCAAGCAAACAGGGAAGAACCCCUUGAAGGUGGUAUGCCUGGUGCUGGCCAUCUUUGGGACACAAUCUCAUGGAUAUGAUGUUUAUAACAUCAUCAACCCAAACAAUAAUGGCGGCAAUCUUCAGGAGACAGUGACAGUUGACAAUGAAAACAAUUUCGCCAUCAUUAACAUCCAUGCAGGAUCAUGCUCCUCUACCACGGUUUUUGACUAUAAACAUCGCUACAUCGCAUCCAGGGUGCUCUCCCGAAGAGCCUGCUACAUCCUGGACAUGAAACAUAAAGCCAUCCCUGCUCUGGAGCAACUAAAACGAUACAUCUAUGAGAGGAAGGCUCUGAAAAACAUGUACUCGGACAAAUACAUCUGGGUCAAGUACAGCCCACUGCAGUCUCUGAUCACUCACGUAGACUGGUUCCUGUUCGGCUCCCCCAUCAAGCAGCUCUGCAGUCAUGUCCCCCUGUAUAAGGGAGAAGUGGUGGAGAAGACACAUGACAUCCGUGCGAAAGCCUGCACAAAGACCGGAUUCCUGGGUAUCCUUGGAAUCUCCAUCUGCGCGGCCACUGACGCUUAGGCACCGAGCCCACUGGCGUCAUCUUUUCAAAGACACAGCCCCUUGGUUUCCACUCAGCAGCCAAAUUAAGCUCUUUCCCAACACCCCAAAUAAUGUUGAGACUCAGUAGUAAAACAUAAAUCCUAUAUUUCCAGA